AUGCCAGUCUUUUGCCUUUGUGCAGUUCCAAACUGUGUUAAGAUUGACAAGCUGCUGGAGCCCAAGGGCGCGGUCGAAGUUGACUUGCGGCAUCUGCACUGGCGGCAGAUAGAGCUUGUGUGUGAGUUGAGAUUGAGUCCAAAGCCUCCAGCUCUGGCUGUGCUUCUCUUCCUCAAGGCAUCUUCAUUGGCAUACCUGGGCAUCAGUUCCAGGAUGGGCUUCCACAAUGGUGUUGAAGGCUACAGCGGGCUUGUUUUCACUGCAACAGAAGCACAAUUCAGCCUAGAGGAGGCCCUAGAAACAGCUUUUGACCAUUUCCGGGACCCCAGGAGCUUCCGGCAGGAUGCAGAGGAGGGGUUGGCUGGGGAGGAGAUGGAUCAGGACAUGGCAGAGGAGGACAUGGCAGAGGGGGUCAGUGCAGGGGAUCAUGAGGUCAGCAACACUGCAGAAGAACAAGAACAUGAUGAGGCAGCUGCCAGCGUCAAGCCCAAACAGACACGCAACAAACUUAGUGCACAUGCUAAAAAGAAGGCCAAGAAGGCCAAGAAGCUGCAGCAGGCAGCAGCUGUACGGGAGGCAGUUCAGGAGAGCCACGUCAAACGCAAUGUGAGGCGGAGUCGGGCACACACCAAGGCGUGGCGGCAGGAGAUGCACGGGGAUGGGUCGUCCACCACAGCAAGUACAAAGUGGUCGCGGCAGCGCCAUGUAAUCUCUGCAGUGGCUAUCCAGUUGACAGUUGAACUGGACUGCUUGCCGGUCACAAGCACUGGCUACUCAGCAUGGCGCAAUGAGACCAAGGCGGGUAUAGGACAGCACAAGGAGACAACCCUGGAAAGUUUGAUUGAGCAAGGAUUUGAUUACAUGGAGUGGGAUGGAAUGACUGCUGUGCCCAUUCUCGACCAUGAAGGGAGGGUGAUUGCCCUUCUUGCUGGGCAUCCUGCAGAUGCGAUGUGGCAUAAGGUCACAGACGACCUAAUCAAUGACCUCAAGGCUUUGGAGAGAGAUUUCUAG